AUGGAGUGUUAUCACAGCCCUAAACCCGUGGAGUGUUAUCACAGCCCUAAACCUAUGGAGUGUUAUCACAGCCCUAAACCCAUGGAGUGUUAUCACAGCCCUAAACCCAUGGAGUGUUAUCACAGCCCUAAACCCAUGGAGUGUUAUCACAGCCCUAAACCCGUGGAGUGUUAUCACAGCCCUAAACCCAUGGAGUGUUAUCACAUCCCUAAACCCGUGGAGUGUUAUCACAGCCCUAAACCCGUGGAGUGUUAUCACAGCCCUAAACCCAUUGAGUGUUAUCACAGCCCUAAACCCAUGGAGUGUUAUCACAGCCCUAAACCCAUGGAGUGUUCUCACAUCCCUAAACCCGUGGAGUGUUCUCACAUCCCUAAACCCGUGGAGUGUUCUCACAUCCCUAAACCCGUGGAGUGUUAUCACAUCCCUAAACCCGUGGAGUGUUAUCACAUCCCUAAACCCGUGGAGUGUUCUCACAGCCCUAAACCCGUGGAGUGUUAUCACAUCCCUAAACCCGUGGAGUGUUAUCACAUCCCUAAACCCGUGGAGUGUUAUCACAGCCCUAAACCCGUGGAGUGUUCUCACAGCCCUAAACCCAUGGAGUGUUAUCACAGCCUUAAACCCGUGGAGUGUUAUCACAUCCCUAAACCCGUGGAGUGUUCUCACAGCCCUAAACCCAUGGAGUGUUAUCACAUCCCUAAACCUAUGGAGUGUUCUCACAGCCCUAAACCCAUGGAGUGCUAUCACAGCCCUAAACCCAUGGAGUGUUAUCACAGCCCUAAACCCAUGGAGUGUUCUCACAGCCCUAAACCCAUGGAGUGUUCUCACAGCCCUAAACCCAUGGAGUGUUAUCACAGCCCUAAACCCAUGGAGUGUUAUCACAUCCCUAAACCUAUGGAGUGUUCUCACAGCCCUAAACCCAUGGAGUGUUGUCACAGCCCUAAACCCGUGGAGUGUUAUCACAUCCCUAAACCCGUGGAGUGUUAUCACAGCCCUAAACCCAUUGAGUGUUAUCACAGCCCUAAACCCGUGGAGUGUUCUCACAGCCCUAAACCCGUGGAGUGUUCUCACAGCCCUAAACCCGUGGAGUGUUCUCACAGCCCUAAACCCGUGGAGUGUUCUCACAGCCCUAAACCCGUGGAGUGUUCUCACAUCCCUAAACCCGUGGAGUGUUCUCACAUCCCUAAACCCGUGGAGUGUUAUCACAUCCCUAAACCCGUGGAGUGUUAUCACAGCCCUAAACCCGUGGAGUGUUCUCACAACCCUAAACCCGUGGAGUGUUAUCACAGCCCUAAACCCGUGGAGUGUUCUCACAUCCCUAAACCCAUGGAGUGUUCUCACAUCCCUAAACCCGUGGAGUGUUCUCACAUCCCUAAACCCGUGGAGUGUUAUCACAUCCCUAAACCCGUGGAGUGUUAUCACAUCCCUAAACCCGUGGAGUGUUAUCACAUCCCUAAACCCGUGGAGUGUUCUCACAUCCCUAAACCCGUGGAGUGUUAUCACAGCCCUAAACCCGUGGAGUGUUAUCACAGCCCUAAACCCGUGGAGUGUUAUCACAUCCCUAAACCCGUGGAGUGUUCUCACAUCCCUAAACCCGUGGAGUGUUCUCACAGCCCUAAACCCAUGGAGUGUUCUCACAUCCCUAAACCCAUGGAGUGUUCUCACAGCCCUAAACCCAUGGAGUGUUCUCACAUCCCUAAACCCAUGGAGUGUUCUCACAGCCCUAAACCCAUGGAGUGUUAUCACAUCCCUAAACCCAUGGAGUGUUCUCACAUCCCUAAACCCAUGGAGUGUUAUCACAUCCCUAAACCCGUGGAGUGUUAUCACAUCCCUAAACCCGUGGAGUGUUCUCACAUCCCUAAACCCGUGGAGUGUUAUCACAUCCCUAAACCCGUGGAGUGUUAUCACAUCCCUAAACCCGUGGAGUGUUCUCACAUCCCUAAACCCGUGGAGUGUUAUCACAGCCCUAAACCCGUGGAGUGUUAUCACAGCCCUAAACCCGUGGAGUGUUAUCACAUCCCUAAACCCGUGGAGUGUUCUCACAUCCCUAAACCCAUGGAGUGUUCUCACAGCCCUAAACCCAUGGAGUGUUCUCACAUCCCUAAACCCAUGGAGUGUUCUCACAGCCCUAAACCCAUGGAGUGUUCUCACAUCCCUAAACCCAUGGAGUGUUCUCACAGCCCUAAACCCAUGGAGUGUUAUCACAUCCCUAAACCCAUGGAGUGUUCUCACAUCCCUAAACCCAUGGAGUGUUCUCACAUCCCUAAACCCAUGGAGUGUUAUCACAUCCCUAAACCCAUGGAGUGUUCUCACAUCCCUAAACCCAUGGAGUGUUCUCACAUCCCUAAACCCAUGGAGUGUUCUCACAGCCCUAAACCCAUGGAGUGUUAUCACAUCCCUAAACCCAUGGAGUGUUCUCACAUCCCUAAACCCAUGGAGUGUUCUCACAGCCCUAAACCCAUGGAGUGUUCUCACAGCCCUAAACCCAUGGAGUGUUAUCACAUCCCUAAACCCAUGGAGUGUUAUCACAUCCCUAAACCUAUGGAGUGUAGUGAAUGUAUUAGCCUCUCCGAGUAUGAGCCUGUCGCUGCAUGUCUGUACUGGAGCUGGGCUGUGGAGCUGGGGAUCCGCAACAUUCCUGCCUGA